GGAACGCUUGGCAUUCUGGGAGCGCGGGGCCCGCCAUUCGCUUGCCUCACGCUUUCGCCGUCGCAACAUUUGUCCCAGAACCGAAGAGUAGGCGUGUAGGCCUCAGUCGCACUCUUCCUGCCAAGAUGUCGAUUGGUGUGCCAAUUAAAGUCCUGCAUGAAGCUGAGGGCCAUAUUGUUACAUGUGAGACAAACACCGGUGAGGUAUAUCGAGGAAAGCUUAUUGAAGCAGAGGACAACAUGAACUGCCAGAUGUCCAACAUCACAGUCACGUACAGAGAUGGCCGAGUGGCACAGCUGGAGCAGGUAUACAUCCGUGGCAGCAAGAUCCGCUUUCUGAUAUUGCCUGAUAUGCUAAAAAAUGCACCAAUGUUAAAGAGCAUGAAAAAUAAAAACCAAGGCUCGGGGGCUGGCCGUGGAAAAGCUGCUAUUCUGAAGGCCCAAGUGGCUGCAAGAGGAAGAGGACGUGGAAUGGGACGUGGAAACAUCUUCCAGAAACGAAGAUAAUUUUCUCUGUAAAACAGAACUUAGCCUUUUCUUUUUCUGUAGAUUAUCUGAGUUUAUCUGGGUGGGUACCUAUAUGUAUGUUUUCUUUUGACAUCAUUUUUUUUAGAUCAGAAGAACUGUUAAACUAAAUAAAUCUGAUUAUGUUGUUUGG